UUGAAACCGUUUGGGAGCGUAAAGCAGCAACAAGUGUGAGGAGCAAUCAUUGCAACUUAUUACUCCACUAUAAUGAUUUAAUAUUAAUAAAUAUGACUUUAAUGCUCAGUAAGGAUUUAUUUAAAGGAUUUAAACAGGAACAGAAGUGUUUCUUAACAUCUGUUCAUGAGUUCUGCUAACUGAUAGUUUCUUCAGGAGCAUCAUGAGUGAUCAGGAAGACUCUUCGGGGACUCUGGACUCUGAGUUUGAUCAUUACCUGGUUGAUAUGAAGCCAUAUGUGCUCAAAUUGCCCCAUAAGACAGAGCGUCAGCAGUGUGCACUGUGGAUAAAGAAGCUGUGUGACCCUGUGACCUGCGGUUCUGGACUAACAGGAAGGAAAAAUCGUAACAUGUACGCCCGGCUCCUUCUGCACAUGCUCAGAAAAGGAGUUUUGGAGGGUCCCUUCACACACAAACCUGAAGUGGGCAGCCUCAAGACUUUACCCACGUACAUGUCCAUCUAUUUUGACGAGCCGCUGUUGGGGAAGUCACGUGAUCUGAGCUCUGCAGCGCUGCCUGACUGGGUGUCUGGUGAGUUGGGUCAGGCUGAUGUCACGUGGUCCACCUCGCCCAUCUCCAACAAACACAGGAAGAGGAAUUUGUUCAGUGAGAAGUGUCCGACCAGACCAUUGGCCUCAAGUCCUGUCAAACACAUGGAGAAGGAUGAUGUCAGGAUGGCGGAGGGACACAGGAGGCCCAUCUCCUCUGAUGAUGGUGACUUUGAGGCGCGCUUCAACAGCUGGAACCUGGGGAUCGAGAACCCCAGGUAUCUGCAUGAGAAUCCAGUCCCUCUGUCUCCGAUUUACAACAAAUCAAGCCAUGGAAUGAGCAGCAGCCAUUAUGAUGAGUCUGCUUCAGUGAACGCUGAUAAGGAGGUUGAGUUAAGGACAAAAGUUUUGGAGGCCAAACAUCAGGAGGAGACGCUGAGGAUGCAGCAGAAACAUGAUGCAGAGAUUCAGAAGAUUUUAGAGCGGAAAAACAGUGAGAUUGCUGAGCUGAAGAGCAUGUAUCGAGGCAAGCAGAAGGAGGUAGAGGAGACCGUCAGGAGGCUGGAGAAGAGAGUUCAGAGCCUACUGCGGGAGUCCCAGGUCAUCCAACAGACCAAAGACAAACAGAUCAGCGAGCUCAAGAAAAUGUCUGAUCAGAGCACUGAAUCUCUGAGAAACCAAUGGGAGAAGAAGUUGCAUGCAGCGGUGGCAGAGAUGGAGCAGGAGAAGUUUGAGCUGCAGAAGAAACACACCGAAAACAUCCAGGAGCUGCUGGAGGACACCAACCAAAGGCUCGUCAAGAUGGAGUCCGAGUACAGCGGCCAGACUAAGGCCACUGAGCAGAUGGUGCGUGAGUUGGAGACGCGGGUGAAGCAGCUCUCGGUGGAGGUGGAGAACGGGAACCUGCUCAGGCAGAAGGUCACUCAGGAGAAAGCCGAGCUGGAGAUCCAUAUCGCCUCCAUCAGCGCUGAGCUACAAGAGGCCAACCACAGGAGUAUGGCGCUGCAGAGAGAGAUGGAGCAGAUGAGAGACCAGCAUGAAGAUACAUUGCAGAAACUUCAGGACAAACACAAUGCUGACAUGAGCCACUACCAGCAGGAGCACGCACUUUCUGCAGCCAAGGCAUCAGAGGUGAUUGAAGAUUUGGAACAGACUGUAAAUCAUCUCAAGCAGAAGAUACAGGAGGCUGAAAACAGGAGACAGAGACAGCUCAGGGAUCAAGAGAACAAGAUGCAGCAAGAUCUGACUGACCUCCAACACAACACUGACAAAAAGCUGCAGAUGCUGCAGGCAGAGCUGGUGAAGGAACGAGCCGACGGCGGGAAGAAGAUCAGUACGCUGGAGGAGUCACUCAGGGAUCGAGAGGAGCAGUUGGUUCGUCUUCGUGACAGUCACAGACAGCAAGCCCAGCAGGCAGAGGCCGCUCUGGAGAACUUCAAGAAGCAGGUGGAGCUCAGCUCAGAGAAGACAUACUCUGACAUGAAACAACAGAUGGAGAAGGUGGAAGCAGAUCUGAUUCGCUCUAAAUCACUGCGAGAGAAACAGUCUAAAGAGUUCAGCUACCAGUUAGAGGAGCUCCAGCGCAGAUAUGAACAACAGAUUGUGGAGCAGAAACUGCAGCACGAACAGGAGCGAACACACCUUCUCCAGACGCACAAUGCCGAGAAAGACAGCCUGCUCCAGGACCACCAGCGGGAAAUCGACAGUUUGGAGAAGCAGACGAGGGCCACCGUGGUCCAGCAGCAAAUGCAGAUGCAGGAGUGGAGGAAACGUGACGCUCAGACAAUCUCCGAUCUAGAGGAGCAGGUACACGCACUGAGGAAGGAGCUGUUGGCGGCUCAGAGUCAGAGGAAGCAGCAGCUGAUGGAGUUGAGUCUACUGCGUGAGGAGGAACGACAGAGGGCCGCUCAAGACCAGCAAGCAGCUCUGGACCGUCUGCGAGUCGAGAUGGAUCAGGUGCGGCAGGACCUGGACAGAAGCCACAAGACUGAGAGAGAGCUGGCCCAGGAGAAGAGCAACAGCAGACUGAAGCAUCUUGAGAAGGAAUAUAAUCAAAAACUGGCCAAGUCUGCACAGGUGAUAGCGGAGCUGCAGACGUCUCUGAGCAGUGUAAAGGAGGACAGUCGUCAGACGCAGCAGGAUCUGCAGCAACAGCUACAGGAAGCACAGAGCCACUGGGAUGAGGAGAAGAGACAACUCAACAGAGAUGCUGACCACAACAACAAGGUUGUUCAGGAACGUGUGGAAAGUUUACAGAGACAGCUGCAUGCCGUGGAGAAGAAGUUGAUGAGCCGAGAGCUGGAGUUCCAGGAGCAGAUGACACAUGUCCGUCAGGAGUAUGAGCUGAAGAUCCGAGGGCUGAUGCCUGCAGAGCUGCGACAGGAGCUGGAGGACACCAUCACCUCACUCAAGUCACAGGUGAACUUCCUCCAGAAGAGAGUGUCUGUCUUAAAGGAGGAACUGGACGCUUGCUGCAGGAGGUAGUGGAUUAUAUCAGGCCAUUAAUGUAUGUCCUCAUGUAGACCUGUAAGAGAACUCGUCCUGACAGACAUGAGCUUCAUCACCUGCUCUUCAUCAUCCUCACUCACUCACUGCACUCAUGUUCAUGUGGCACACCACAUUGUUUAUCAAACCAUAUUUAUGUACUGUGAUUCAUUGUAUUUAUGCCUUUCUGUUGAAUGCAUCUUAUGCUUGCUCAUGAAACACAGUGUAUUAUGUGCAUUUUACAUCUGUGAAAAGCAUCAGUUGUCUUUUUUAUUAUUAAAUACUUCUUUGUUUUAUAAUGUUGUGCCUUUGCUUUGUCAUCAUUUACAUU